UACAAGGGAGGCAAAUCCAGAAUUGGCCUUGAACUCUAUCCAAUUGACAAAUUUAUUAUCAUUGAAUCAACACUCCUCAAAGAUGCCUACUUUCAAUGUAUUCGUAUCAAUAAAGAAAGAAGACGUACCGGACAACUUUCUCACUGAAGCAUCAGCAUUUAUUGCAAAACUGCUUGGGAAACCAGAAUCAUAUGUGACUGUACGUGUAGUACCUGACCAGAUGAUGUGUCAUGGAGGGAGUACUGAGCCAUGUGGUAGUGUUCAGCUAAUGAGUUUGGGAAGUCUUGGACCAAAAAACAAAGAUCAUUCCGCUGAAAUUGGGAAAUUCCUUGAGGAAAAAUUAAAAAUAAAGAAAGACAGAUUCUACAUCACAUUUUUUGACAUUGCCCGGAAUGAUUGUGGAUACAGUGGCACAACAUUUGCUUAAAAUUUGACCCAGAAAGAUGUGUGCAGGCAGUGCCAUACAUGUAGUAUUUCUUUAUUCUCUUAAUUUGCCAUUAUUACCAAUAAGUCUGUUUUGAAGAACAACAGAUUUUUUUGCUUCUUGCUUAUUGACUUAACAGUUUUCAGAUAUCUUUGCUGUUUUGGAAGUUUUGAAAUUUGACAUAAACUAUCCAAGUGGACAUAGGUUUUGUACAGAACUCUUAAGUAUUAUAUCUUUGAAACAUAUUUACUAGAGAACAAGAAAUCUUCCAACUGUGCAAUAACAUGUGACUGUUUGAAAACAAUAUCAGAACUGUAAGUAAGUGAUAAUCAAGUUGUAUAAGCUAUUAACUGAAAUCCGUCAUUUAUAUGACUGGAAAAUUGUUGAAAAUGACGUUAAACCUGAACACACAGACACACACAUUAACUGUAAGGUCCCUGUCUGUUUAAAUGUAAAACUCUGAAAAUUGUUACCAAGUUGUGUUUAUUUCUGCAUGGGCUCCAGCCGAUAAAGCAUAGCUUAUAUAGGCUAUGCUUGGAAUAUGAAACGUAACUUUUGUCUUAAUUCUUCAUAUUCUGACUAGAGAAAUUUCAAUGAAACUUUUGACAAGAAGUUUACUGCUGAUGAUUUUUUUUAAGGUAUUGGUUCCACAAAUAAGCAAGUUUUAUGUAACAGUGCUAUUAGAUAUAUCAAAUAUUGAUGCCUGGUAAGCUCAUAUAAUUUUGGUAUCAUUUAAGUGUUUUGUCAACUGAAAAAGAAAAUAUAAAUUACAUGACAAAAAUAUGUUAUAUAUAUAUAUUUUUUUUCUCUUUUACUUUGUAGUUUUCAAUGAUUCUUCAGCAGAAAUCCAGUUAUUACAGUGUAAGAUUGACCAUUUCACAGUCAAAAAACAUGACUGUAGUGAUUCGUGCAUAUUAUUAUGGUCAUCUUAUUUACUAAUUCUUGUUCAGCUCACACAACUCUUUCAAAUGAUACCAAAAAACAUGGGGUCACCAGGCCUCGAAAUGUUACCUAUUUGUGCAUCUGAUACCUAAUAAAAAAGGAAAAAGAAAAAAAUGGUGAAAUGCAGUAAACAAAGAAAUUGAUGACAAAUGUUUACCUUCAAUUAAAGUCUGACUUUGUCAUUGAUAAAAAGUAUAUAAUUUUACACCAGAAUUAUCACUGGCUAAAAUGGUUCAAUAUUGUUACAGAUUUUAUGGUUUUAAACCUGGAUUUUCACUGCGUCAGUUUUAUCAUUUAAAUCUAUUUCCAUGUACCUUGUGUGAUAUGCUUCUUAUUAUAUAAAUAUCAUUCAGCUUAUGGCUUUAUUCAAUGCAUUUAUCGGCCUGCAUGAAUUUGGAAACCUGACGUUAAGAAUUAAAACUGGAAAAAUACUACUGUUUGCAGAUCAAAUUGCCCUUUCACAUUUUUUGACAUCAAAAGAGUUACACGUUUACGUCACAAAAGCAGUGAAGCUGAAGCUAUAUUUAGAGUAAUCCUGACAAGUUGACCCCGCCCAAUUCGCUAGCUUUUUCCAUAUUCACCUUGUCGCUUUAAAGAGUUGAAUGCGUCCUUUCUUUAUAUCUGACACACACACAAAGCGCAAGCUCUGACUCUACCAUAGUAAUCAUGUCUUAAAAUAGGCUCAGUAUCCAAAUACAUACCUUGUAACUUUUAUCUAUUGAAAAGAGGUACAAUAACUUGAAUAUAAUGGAUACGUUGUUUAAAAAGUAAAAUCCUUAUAUUUCAACUAUGUCCAAAUGGGAACAGCGUUUUAUAUUUGUUUUGACAAUUAUUAUCCACGAGGGAAAAUAUUUGCGUCUAUAGUAAUUUCCUGCCACAACAUUGUUAUACAAAACUAGUUUUUGUUGCGUAAUAAUAAUUAGUAAGUGACCUUAUAACGGAGAUUUAAUGUAACACAACACCUGUAAUUGUGAUAUCCAUAAAACUGAUAACUGAUAAAACUCCUGCAGAAUGCAUCAUAAAGUCUUGGAUAUCGCUUUAUGUCAAUGCUUUGGUCCGAUUACCAUAUCAGUUAAACCUAUUUUAGUCAGUAUAUUGUAUCUGCCGAAGAGGUUGAUAGAUUCAUCUUAAAAAUGUUCCAUAUUAACUAUCGCAAAUCUAAGUCCAUUAUAUAUUUUUUUUGGUUAAGGCCUAGACUGUUGUUUUUUUCCUUGUUUUGUGUGUGUGGUGGGGGGGGGGGGGAAUCUUCAGUCUGAUCCUUUAUAUGUAUGUGAAUUUAUCUGUUAUUUGUUUGAAGGGUUUAAUGUCCAUCUUUUAAGCACAAUCUCAGUUAUUUACAGACAGGCAGUUGAUAAGCCUUGUCUUCGUUCUUGGGAAGAACCAUUUCUAGACUCACAUAUUCCGUAAGAAAUUAUUUACUUUUAACUAAAGACCUUCAUUCAAUAAUUGGUUACAGCGACCACUUUACAUUAAAUUAAAUUAUGAAAGCUAAACGUGAGAUACAAUAUUUGAAAGAAAAGUCUGCAGCAAAAGGCACUGAAAUUUAGGCAAGACAAUGCCUAUAAUGUAUUAGAGGUGUCCGUUAUUUUUCACAUCCACGCGACCUAAAUGUAGUGUGCAUUCAUUUAAGAUUUAAAUGACAAUUAUCAUAUCUUUUACUUUCCGGUCGAACAGGCAUAAAUCAACUAUUCUCAGUCAUGCGGCCAACGUAAACAAGUUCAUUCAGUGUAUGCGUAAAAUUAAUCUUACCUCAUAUCAGAAAAAAUGUUUACUGAAAGGGCGGAGUUACCUGUACAGACGAGGUCCAAAAAUAGCUUCAGCAUUGCUGCUUUUGUGACAUAAAGGUAAAAUAAUAUCGAUUUAAAAAAAGGCCAAUGGGCAAUUUGAUCUGCAAACAGUAGUAUAUAUUUUCUUUCUUUGAAGUGAAAGUUUCUUUGUAGAUGAGUAUUUCAAUGAAUGGUGCUUAUGCUGAAAAUAAAUAUUGUAGUCAUUGUUUUUCUGUGCAAAUAUUGUAUUGUGUACAUUAUGUAGUGAUUCAGUUUCUUUGAAGAAAUGAUUAUUUUCAGCUGGUACUGAUACUUACAUAAUAUUUAAGUUGAUGUUACUAUCAACUCUGUGAGUCUAGCAGGGCGUCAAGUUACCUAUAUUUACCUAUAUUUUAGCCCUCUACCUAUAAUAACCUAUAAAAUCCUAUAUUUUGCCAAAAUACCUAUAAAUACCUAUAAUCUGGAAAUUUUGUGGUAAGCAAGGAAUACAAAGGUCAUUCAAACCAUUAAAAAAGAAGUAAUUCUAUGAUAAUUAAAUUUAUAAAUAUGCUGUUACCUUUUAGGCAUUGAAAUUUGUAUUCCUUUCAGGUGUAGCGACUCUGCCAAGCCCAGCUUUAGGAAAGCUUUAAGUAAUGGAAGUUCUUUUUUCAAUUGGAAUAUUUUCCAUUUCUUAAAGCUUUCAUGUAUAAAAAUGUGAAUAGGAAAUGCACAUGUUUUUAUUUUGUUUUCAGAAUAAACAAGCCUUAAUGUUUCAUAAUUAAGCCGCAUAAUGCCUGCUAAUAAGAGUCAGUUUCGAGAUAGGUGGCUAUCAGAAGUAGAUGGCAAUGGACAUGAACUGAAAUUAUGGUGUGUCAAGGGGAAGAGUGACUCUUAUGGUCACUGUACAUUGUGCAAAACUGACAUAAAGUGUGAUAAUGCUGGACUGAGACAAAUUCUUCAACAUGCAAUAGGCACUCAACACAAGAAAUUCCCUGUUAAACUGAUUUGAGUACCAGUAUUGGUAAAGUUUUGUCUGUUGGUGAAUUAAUAGUUUAUUAUGAAAGUAAGAUAUAUGUCGAAAUGUUAUUUGUUUAAAAUCAUAAAAGUAGCCACUUUUUCUGUUCCUGUGUAUUUUAUGUUUAAUAAAAGAGAGUGCUGGUAGGUGGUGGAGGAGGAUAAAACACUUGUCUGACUUGUUUUCUUCAUUAUAAGCAACCUAUAUAAUCCUAUAUUUCUGGCCCCCAAAUACCUAUAUUUCAGGAUCCUACCUAUAUUUUUGACUCCCAAAAGCACUUGACGCCCUGGUCUAGAGUUAUUGGGUGUUUGAAACGUGCCUAUCACUGACACCAAGUCUGUAAACUAUCCAUACACAAAGUCAAAAGUAUUGUAAUAUAAAAUAUUGAUUACAAUAAAGAUAGAAGUUUUGAAAAUUAUCGUUAAAAAUAAAAUAAAGAAAUGUUACUGAGCACUGAGAGAGAUUUUUAUUGAAAGGAUAUGUGUCAAAUUUUGAAUCAAAACUUGCUGAAUUGAUAUAAAUAUUUUGAGUUAGAUCUGUGUGAAAGGCCAUGCUCUGAAGAACCAGGAAGUGGUCUUCAUAUGCAGGUGUUCUAAUUCAUGGGUUAAAAUACACUGCAGAUGCUAAAAUAGAAAUGAAACAAAUAGGCUUUAAAUGUAGGAGGUCUGUGUUUAAAGGUGAUCUUUAAAACAUUUUGACUCUGCGUUAUGAAUGGAUAAUCAAGUUGUGUAUCAGUACCCAGUACACUACUGACACUACAGGCAAACUGUGUUGUAAAGACCAUCUUUGGCCACAACUUGAAAAACUGUUUUUAAAAGCUAAUAGUUCCUCUUCCUGUUUAACAUUUACCUGUGCUGAGACACCACCUGUCAACAAAGACCAUUUUUUUACCAUUUCCCAAGGGUGGUCUUUAUGGACAAGUUUUACUGUAUAUUUUAAUUAUUUCUGUUAAAGACAGUUAGUGUAUUCUGACAAGAGAAAUGAUAACCAGUUAAAGUGCUAAUUAUGUCUCCCACACCACUGUUGAUUUACCCCUGUCUGUGUGUGUAUGUGUCUGUCUGUCUGUGUUUGUGUGUCUGUCACAAAUCUUGUCCGCACUCUAAGUCGAACAUUUCUCAUACGAUCUUCACCAAACUUGAACAAAAUGUGUUUGCCAAUAAGUCCUCAGCAAAGUUCGAUAACUAGCCAAAUCGGCUCAGGCACUUCGGAAUUAUGGCCCUUGAAUUACUGAUUCGAACCAACCAAAACUUACUGAACCACUCGUCUGAACCACUUUGAAUCACUAAAUCUGAACCAAAACUUACUCCUGAAAUGUACUUUUUUUUUACAAUUCAGAUGAUUAGGCAGUUGUGGGCGACAUGUGCUUUUCUCAAAAGCAGCUCUAUUUUUCAUUUGCUUUAAAUUGGUCUUUGCUAGAUGUUUUUGUUUGCAAGAGCUUAUCUUUUAAAUUUAUGUAUAAUAAUAAUAAUGAUUAAAUUACUGGUACUGAUGAUAAACCCGGACAGAUGAUAAAGUCGACCACCUUGGAAAUAUUCAAUUGCAAGCGGUCAUUUAUAAAAUUGAACACACCAUCUAAUAGUUUCCACUUACCACACCAACUGGUGUAAACAAAAACAAAAUUGGUAAAUAUUCUGUAUAAAUAAAUGACUUACAUUUAUUUGUAUAAAAAAUAUUUAUCCAAAAUUACUGGAGAAGAGGGUGUUUUUUGCACAUGCUCACUGUCGAGACAUGAAGGCCUGACAUUGGGUCACUUUUCAUUACUUGAUCAGGAAUGACUGUUGCAGCUUUUUGGGGAAAGUUUCAAUAUAAUAAUAUGAAGAAAAUUUUGUUAAUGACAAAGUGGUCGAAUUUAUCAUCAGUCAGCGUUCAUACAGUCCCCGUUUUACAAACCUCUUUCAGGACCUCACUUCGUGUGAGUUUGCUUACUAAAUAUAAAAUUUGAAUUAUGUAAAGUUUUCAGCAAAUGUUAAGCUUUAUAUUGAUACCAACCAUUGAUUUCAAUUUGCAAAAAUAAAAAAGUUACAGGUAAAAAACCUCAUUUUCUGUUCGGGUUUAUCAUCAGUACCAGUACAUUUAAUUAAAUUAAUUUGUAAUAAACAUUUUUGAAAAAGGUCAUAUAUUGUUCUUAUUUGCUUUUGAUAUUAAUUUAUACAACAUUCCUGGCAAAAUUAACGAAAUGUUAUGAAAUUAUGCAAGUUAUAACACUGCAAACUGGAUAAUUUUUAUGUGACAUUCGUAUUGCCAUUUGUAUAAAGGAUCACAUUCGCUUGGUAAAGAACUUGUGCAUUCCAGUUUUGGAGAUAAUGCCGCUUAAUAUUAAUUGUUGAAUUUGCAUGUCGCUUUGUAAAAUGAGUGAAAAUAAAACCACUAUAAUUGAUA